GUUGUCAAUUGGUGGCUGUCCCGUGAUUUCUAAGAUCUUUUCAUUUGGCAUUCUAUCGCCUAAAUUCACACCGAUGACUGUACGUAGGCAUUUCAUAUAAAAGGUGUUUAUUCUACGUUCAUGUGCACUUGUGAUUGACCACGUUUCACUUCCAUACAAUAAGACACGGAGAACACAGGCCCGAAACACUUUUAGUCUCGACUUGAUUGAAAUGCUUUUCCUGCUCCAAAUCACAUGUCUUAACAUAUUGAAUGCCGUUGCAGCUUUACUCAGUCUUGUACUGAUUUCACUAUCUGAUCUUUGGUCUCUUGUUACGCUACAUCCUAGGUAGGUGAAAGAGUCAACAGUUUCAAUCUUCUGAUUCCGAAUUGUGAUGUCAAAUCCAGGAAAGACUACUUCUCUGUCUUUUAAAAGCUUUCUGUUAUGAUCUUCUUCGAACUGUUGUAAGGUCAUAAUACAUGUUUUCUUGACGCUCAUUGUCAGUCCAAAUUCUUGAGUAACUUUUUCAAAAGUUCGUAUGAAAGUCUCAAGAUCGUCAGCUGUUUCACACAUUGCCACUAGAUCAUCAGCAUAGAGUAAAGCCGUUUGCUAACUGAUAUUUCAACUUUGAUUGAUUGUUGUUGUUGUGACAUUACAUAUCACAUUUAGAAAUGUAAUAAUCAAGCAAAGUAUGAGCAUAGAAUGAAAGAGAAAAAAUGCGGCUAAGAAUUGCAAUACACUUGCUAAAGUGAGGCAAAAACGGUUUAUUAAUACGCUGCUGUUACAGGCGAGAGAAAAAAUCUAUUUUGACAAGUACCCAGAUACGAGUCAUCGUUUCAUGUCGUUCCAGCUUUAUCCUUUAUUUCUAGUUUAUAUGAUGAACAGUUAUUUAUUUUAUUCCCAUUUGGAAUAAAUCACCAAAUGUCUAUCUGGUGUUCGAUAUCUUUCAGACUUCGUAAGUUUUACAUUUUUUUCUCUUUAUAGGAUACGUAUUUACCAGCAGCAGAGCGGUGCAAAGAUCAAACAAAUAAAGUCGCAACUGGUCCUUAUGAACGAGCACAUUUAUUAAAAUUUCUUGAAGAACAAGGAAAAAAUGAAAAAGAUUGGGAAAAUUAUAAAGAAUACUCACCAGGAGAAAAGAAAGGAAAAGUAUGGCAACCUCCCGAAGCGGUUAAACCAACUUUUGACGAUGAUGAUUUGCCGAUGACAACUGAAUGGGAUGAUUUAUUAACGAACGCGAGUGAGACAGAAAUUGUUGAACUUGCGGCUAUUCUUGGUUUCACUGGUUUAGUAAAUCAAGUACAAUAUCACGCAGCAUUAACGGCGAAUGCAUCUACGCCCACUUGUGGUUGGAAUGCUGUGGCGAAAGCUGAACAACUAAAAUUUGUUUCUCAUGAGCCCGAUAAUACGACAGAUGUCAAAGAUUGCAUAAAAAAAGCGAAAGAAAAUGAUAGUACGAUGAAACGUAUUAACAUCAAUAAUAUUAAAGAAAUUCCGGCUGAUACAAUGAAAGAAUUAAUAAACGCUUUGAAAACAAAUACAAAUGUUCAAAAUCUUGAAAUGGCUAAUAUCGGAAUGCCGGACAGUAUUGGAAAAGUUUUGGCCGAAUUAGUUGAAGCUAAUUCAACUUUGAAAACGAUUAAUGCUGAAUCAAAUCGACUUACUGGUUCUAUUGUUGCCGAAAUUGUUCGUGCAACAUUGAAACACCAAUCAUUAAUUGAAUUACGUUUAUCAAAUCAAAGAUCACAAGUAUUAGGAAAUCGCGUAGAAAUGGCAAUAGCCGAUGCUAUAUCACAAAAUAAUACAUUAUUACGUUUGAAUUUACAAUUUGAUACACUUGGUCCACGUAUGAACUACGCACUAUUUUUUGUCCUACUUUUUGCUUCUAAUAUUUCUUCGUCUUUACUGGUUGAACGUUAUCGACAUCGAUCUAAAACAAACGACGAUUACAUUGAUGAUUUGUAUAAUGAAAAUGACGAAGAUCUAACGAAGAACAAAGAACUUCUUCAACUAUUGUUAAGUCAAUAUGAUGAUAAAUUAUAUCAGCAAAAUAACAAUCAUCGUACAGAAGAAGAAGAAUCGGACGUUGUUCAUCGUCUAACUGGAAAUAAAGAGAUUAUACCACCUUUGUAUGAUUCAUUGUUAAGUGAUUAUUUUCAACGUGAUAAAAAGUAUCCACCACAUAAAAAGCCAAAUGGAAAUGAAGAUGAACGUGUUAGUGAUGACCAUUAUUCUUCAUUUUCAAAUCGAACUCGAUUAAUUACAACAGCGACUGUGAAAGCAAAAGAUUAUUUUUCAGAAGCAUCCUUAUGUAUUAAUGAAUACGAAGUAAAACCAUCUAUGAUUGUUAAAGCAAAAGAACUCGAUAAACAUGGUGGCCGUCUCAUUCGAAUUGUUAAAGUAAUUGAAACAUCAUCAGCUCAUGGACUAAAUAAUAAAGAUUUAUGUAUGUUACAUUGUUGUGUGGAAAAAGAUUGUGAUAUGGCAAUGUUGUCGAAUCAACGAACAAGUGAAGGUUACAAAUGCUAUUUAUUCAUGUGUAAUGAUAACUGUACAUUCGCAUCGCAUGACAAUUACACAAGUAUGGUAUUAAAACCGAACAAUGGCGAUUCGUCGUCGGCACAACAACCCAAAAUCAACAAUGAAAUAGAUGUAAAAACAAGUUCAACAAAAGUGAAUGAAUCGUCCGUAUCUUCUGUUUGUCGAAGUAUUGAAUUUUCUUGUCGUGAUGGUACUUGUAUACCAUAUUACGAUGUUUGUAAUAGUUAUAAUGAUUGCUCAUCAGGAAUCGAUGAAGCUUUAUGCUCAGCUGGAAAUUUUCCACAUACAAAUACAUCUCGUUCUUCUAUUUAUUUACAUGAUAUUGAUUUUGAUACUGAACAAAGAAUUUCAAAAUUACAAAAAUUAAAGGAACAUUUAGAAGAGACAAAAGGACCAGAGGCAUGGUAUCAAUUAUUUCAAAAUUUAUUACAACAACAACAAGAUCAACAGAAUUUUGAUCUUGAAGAGCGUAACGAUGCUGAUAUACCAUUAAAAUCAGAAACAGCUGAAGACCUGAUUAAAGAACAUUUGCUUGAAUUGGAAGAAAAAUAUAUAAUGAAUAAACAGAAACAACAGCAAAAAGUAGAAGUUGAACAUGGAAAAAAAUUGAAAGAUCAUGAAUAUUUUAAAGAUAAUCAAGAUGAAGAUACGAUUGAUGGUGAAUAUUGGGCAAAAAAUCAAAAAUUUUCUAAAUCAACAAAAUUAACAACUACUUCAGUGUCUACAACAAUAGCAGCCACAACAAAAUCCGAUGAAGAAGAUGAACUAAAAAAUUUAAUAAUGCGUAAUAAAUUAAAAGACGAAUCUGAUCAUAAUGAUAAAAUAAGUAAAUCAAAGUCAAAAACUAAACAACAACAUUAUCAACGUCCAAUAGUAGAUGACGAUUUGGUUGAUGUUGAUGAUACGUACAAUGGUCUAUCUCGAGAAGAUGAUUUAUCUUAUGAUAAUGGUGGUUUUAAUGAACGACCAUCUACGUAUAACUCUUAUUAUUGGCAACCAUCAUCUGACAGUGGACGAUCAAAUCGAUAUUUUGAUGAUCGACGUCCUGUACCUUAUAAAGAAAAUAUAUAUAGACAACAAUUUGUUCACGAUACAUCACCGGUUAUGCGCAAAAUGAACAACAAAAAACAACGUACAUCGUCAACAAUAUCAUUAUCUGUUGAUCGAAAAGGUAGUCUGUUCGAUAGAGAUUCAAAAGAGUUCAUCAAUCGUUUAAAUGCGUUAGAAGAUUCCAUACGAGAAUUACAAUUAUCUGUCAAAGAUGUUGCUGAUGAUAAAUUUAAGUAUGGUAAAGAUAACGAACUAAUACAACGGGAUGUUAAACAAGAAAUAUUGACAAAUAAACCAGAAAUAAAACAUAUUGAUCAUGACGCGGAAGAAAAACCUGAACAAGUCAUAGAGAGUAAGAGUAAUCCUCAAUGUGCAUGGCGUGCUUCACCACUAAUAAAUACAACAUUUGAGAUGCGUCAGUUAUAUGAAACAUUACCAUUUGACGAUGUGGAUGGUGGUGUAUGGAAGCAAGGAUUCGAUAUAACCUAUCAACAAUCUCAAUGGACAGAUAAUAAUAAAUUAAAAAUUAUUUUAAUGCCACAUAGUCACUGUGAUCCCGGCUGGAUCUACACGUUCGAAGAUUAUUUUAAUCAAGAAACAAAAAAUAUUAUCGAUACAAUAAUAACAGCUUUAUCAUCAAAUUCAAAAUAUAAAUUUGUUUGGGCUGAAAUAUCUUACUUACAUUUAUGGUGGGAACAAGCAUCAAAUGAAAAAAAAGAAUUAUGUAAAAAAUUAGUUAACAAUGGACAAUUAGAAAUUGUUACAGGCGGAUGGGUUAUGAAUGAUGAAGCAAAUACUCAUUACUAUGCAAUGAUAGAUCAAUUAAUUGAAGGACACCAAUGGAUUGAAAAUCAUUUAGGCGAUGUCAAGUUAAAAAAUGGUUGGGCAAAUGAUCCAUUUGGUUACAGUCCAACAAUGGCCUAUCUUCUUCAACGUAUGGGAAUCGAACAUAUGGCAAUUCAACGUGUUCACUAUCAUGUGAAAAAAUCCAUGGCUAAAGAGAAAAAAUUAGAAUUUUUAUGGAGACAAGCGUGGGAUCGUUCUGCCAGUACAGAUAUUCUUUGCCACGUGAUGCCAUUUUAUUCCUACGAUAUACCGCACACUUGUGGUCCUGAUCCACGAAUUUGUUGUCAGUUUGAUUUUAAACGCGUUCUUGCAUCUGAUAUAUCAUGUCCGUGGGGUAUAGCACCCGUACAAAUAACAGACAGCAACGUUGAACAACGAGCUUUACUAUUACUUGAUCAAUAUCGAAAAAAAUCUCAAUUAUAUCAAACAAAUGUAUUAUUCGUUCAAUUAGGUGAUGAUUUUCGUUAUGGUAGUGCAAAUGAAGCGUCAAAACAAUUUGGUAAUUAUGAAAAAUUAUUUAAUUACAUGAAUAGACGAUCGGAUUGGUCUGUGGAUGCUCAGUUUGGAACACUCAACGAUUAUUUUGAACAACUUCAACUGGCAAAGAAGAAAGAAGAAUUUCCCUCCUAUGCUGGUGACUUUUUUACUUAUGCCGAUAGAAAUGAUCAUUAUUGGAGUGGCUAUUAUACAUCAAGAUCGUUUUUUAAACGUUUAGAUCGAAUUGUUGAGUCUUAUUUAAGAGCAACCGAAAUUUUAUUUUCCAAUAUUAAUUUGAAAAUAUCUAAACAUAAAAUAGAUCAAGAACGGUUUCCAAUGGAUAAAUUUUAUACAAUUUUAUCAACAGCCAGAAGAAAUUUAGCAUUGUUUCAACAUCAUGAUGGUAUAACAGGAACAGCCAAAGAUCAUGUAGUCAAUGAUUACGGAGAAAAACUAUUAGUAGCUAUUCGUUCGUGUCAUCAAAUAAUUGAAGAGUCCAUUUCAUUUUUGAUAUUUGAUAAAUCUUAUUCAUUUUUACUAAAUCAAACUUUGUUGACAAUGAAUAGUGUAAUGGAAAAAUAUGAUGGAUUACCACAAAGAAAAUUGAUUACGAUGAAAACUGAUGAACUAAAAUCAAAAACUGUAUAUAUUUACAAUCCAACGGAUCAACAACGUAUAGAAAUUGUUAAAGUAAUAAUUGAUACGUAUAAUGUUCAAGUUAAGUAUCAAACAUUAGAUGCCUCAUUUGUUUCUAUUCAAUGCCAAAUUGAUCCAAAAUGGACAGGAAAACGUUCGAACACAUUUUCAUCGGAUACAUUCGAAUUGUUGUUUCUUGUCGAUAUUGAACCAUAUACAGUUAAAUCAUACAUUAUUCAAUAUACAGACGAUAAUCCAUGUCCAAUGUCAACAAUUGAAUAUACUGAUAAGAAACAUAUAAUACAACCAAACACUCCAUUUAAAUUAUCAUCAUCAACAACAAAAGCGAUUACAAUUGAAAACAACUAUUUGAUCUGUACAUUUUCCAAAAGUGGCCUAUUACUUAAUAUCAAACGACAACAACACCAGAAGAAAACGAAAUUGAAUGUUAAUAUAAUUCGUUAUGGAACAGAUUCAAAGUCUAAUAGUGGUGCUUACUUAUUUUUACCAGAUGGUGUAGGAAAAGAAGUACCAUCAGAUUCAGAUGUUAUUGUUCGUAUUCAACAUGGAAAAUUAGUGAGUCGUGUGGAUGUUUUAGAUAAACUUUAUGGUCUUCAGUAUAAAUUAGCAAAUACAGAUGGCUUAGAUAGGCAAAUCCUUGAAAUAGGUGCCACAACUUUUUUAACAAUGAAUAGCGAUAUUGAACUCGCCUUACGUUUAUCAAGCAAUAUUAAUAAUGGUCAAGUGUUCUUUACAGAUUUAAAUGGUUUUCAAAUCAUUCAACGUAAAACUUAUGACAAACUACCUUUACAAGCUAAUGUUUAUCCGAUGUCAUCAAUGUCCUUUAUUCAAGAUGAUCAAUUCCGUUUGACAGUUAUUUCAGCUCAGCCAAGUGGUGUUGCGAGUCUCAAAACUGGUCUUAUCGAUGUAUUUCUUGAUCGUCGUUUGUUGAGGGAUGAUAACCGUGGUUUAGGUCAAGGCGUUAUGGAUAAUCGAGAAAUAGUUAGUGUGUUUAAAAUACUGAUUGAAAAUCGUAAAGAUAUGAUGAAUGUUGAUCAAAAUUCUCUUACUGGUUAUCCAUCGUUACUUGCACAUCAUCUAUCAAUGCAAUUAUUAUAUCCAAUGCAUACUUUACAAAUGACAAAAAGUUCUUCUGAACAUCCAUCAUCAAAUAAAAUAAAUUUAUUUUCGAAUGAUUUUUCUUUACCCGGUGAUGUUCAUCUUGUCAAUUUUCGUACAUUAAAUGAUAAUUUAAACGAUGAAAUACAUGUAUCAAAAAGUAUGGCACUUAUAUUAAGAAAAUUUUCGUACGAUUGUGUUCAAGAUUACGAUAAUCUUUAUCAAUUCAAUGAUAUUAAAUUUGAAAAUAUUUUUGUGUCAGAACAAAUUGAAACAAUUCAUCAAACAUCAUUAUCUUUACGUCAUACUAAAAAAGAAUUGAAUAUAACAUCAAAAUUAAUUAUUCCUGUAGCUGAAAUUGUCACUUAUCGAAUAAAAAUACGAUGA